AUGGAGGUUAACGAUGGAGCAGAGCUCUGCUUUCCACUCCUCCUCAACACCUCCUGCAAGAAGCCUCCAUCUCCUGGGUCCGAAGCUCUGCUCCUGAACAUUGUUCUGUCCUCCGUCUCUCUGCUCACUGUAGCUCUCAACCUGCUCAUUAUCAUCUCAAUCUCCCACUUCAGGCAGCUCCACACACCCACUAACAUCCUCCUCCUCUCUCUGGCUGUCUCAGACUUUCUCUUGGGCCUCCUGCUGAUGCCUGGAGAAAUCAUUCGACAAACAGCCUGCUGGUUUCUCGGUGAUCUGAUGUGUGCCCUGUAUAAUUGUUUGUCUUACAUCAUUACCUCGGCUUCAGUAGGAGACAUGGUGCUCAUAUCUCUUGACCGUUAUGUGGCUAUUUGUUACCCUCUGCGUUACCCCACCAGAGUCACUGAGAGAAGAGUUAAAGUCUGUGUCUGUCUGUGCUGGUUCUUUUCUGUUUUCUACAGCGUUCUCAUUGUAAAGGAAGACCUGACUCAACCGGCCAGGUUUAAUUCCUGUUCCGGAGAGUGUGUGAUUGUCACUGAAUAUAUUGCGGGAGCUGUUGACCUUGUUCUGACCUUCAUUAUUCCCAUUACUGUCAUCAUAAUUCUGUACAUGACUGUAUUUGUGGUGGCUGUGUCUCAGGCUCGUGCCAUGCGCUCUCACAUUACAGCUGUUCCACUGCAGCUUUCGGUGGCUCUAACAAGAAAGAAAUCUGAGCUGAAAGCAGCCAGGACUCUUAGCGUUGUUGUAGUUGUGUUUCUAAUGUGUUUCUGCCCAUAUUACUGUGUCUCUGUUGCAGGCGACAACUUGCUCAAUAACCCAUCUGCAACCUUUGUGUUCUAUCUCUUCUUUUUUAACUCCACUCUAAACCCUUUGAUUUAUGCCCUGUUCUACCGCUGGUUUCGAAAAGCCGUUAAACUCGUUGUCACUCUUCAGAUACUGCAGCCUGGCUCCUGUGAGACCAACAUACUGUAGAGAGGCAGUGGAGUGACUGAGAAUACACCUGCUCGAAUGUUCACAGCAAUGAAUAUGUUCAUGUUGUUCAGUGAGUAAAUGAUCGAAUCCAGAAAAUGACAAAGUGUACGCGAACAGAAACCCCUGUAGAAAUGAUUUCUUUUUUAAUUGUGUUGUUCAGUGAGUGAAUUCACAAAUUCAAA